AUGUCUUUCCAGCCAACUUUCGGCAAGAUCUAUACCUUCUUCAACCUGAAAUGGGUAUACUUGAUCUCUUCAAUCAUCUUCGAAGGGGGCUCUAUUCUUUGUGCUGCAGCACCGAGUUCAGCAGCCUUUAUAAUCGGCAGAGCCAUUGCUGGACUCGGUGCAGCAGGUAUCUUCUGCGGCGCCAUGAUCAUCAUUUCCAAGAUUGUGGAGAUGAGGAAAAGACCGUUAUUGCUGGCCAUAAUCUCUAGCAUGUAUGGCAUAGCGUCUGUCAUCGGUCCUUCACUUGGUGGUGUAUUCACUCACUCUAAACAACUUACUUGGAGAUUCUGUUUCUGGAUCAACUUGCGUGAGUUUCCCCUACAAAAAAUCUAUCUCUGCUCAUUGAUGGUGAAGCUCUGGGUGCUGUGA